AUGAGGCUGCAGCGAAAACUGCGCAACCCUCGCGGCUUUGAGUUGUUCGACCGCAGCCCACGCAUGCUGCCCCACGCGUACGAGCCUGUGCGCAUAGAUGUGGCGGUGGAGCACACGCCGAAAAAGGAGUCGGAAGCCAAGUCUGGCCGCGGCAGGGGCCGCGGCAGCGGCAAGGCGAGGGGUAGUGGGCGGGCGGCUGCGGGCAGCGGGCGAGGGAGCGGGCGCGGGAGGCGGCGGGCCAGCGGCCGUGGCCAGCUGACAAUCAUUGACAGUGACUCGGAGGAAGAGCGAGCACAGAUGGAUGGCGGCGAUCUGGGAGACCGUGCAGGUGCUGGCGCGGCAGCAGACGCGGCAGCAGCAGCGGCAGAGGUCGAUGACUGGCGGUUUGAGCCGGUGGCCGAGGCAGCAGACGACUUUGAUGCCCUCAUGGAGGCGGCAGCAGAGGGCCCUCCAGAGGCUCCAGCAGCAGCCGCUGCAGCAUGCAAGCCAGAAACAGCCAGCAAGGGCGGCCGGCCAGCAGGCGGCAAGGCCAGCGGCAAGGCCGCCGCCGCUGCUGCCGCCACUGUUGCGGCUGGAGCCGGAGCUGCUCCAGAGGUGGUGGAUCUGCUAGGGGAUGAUGAUGAUGAUGCUGAGGUGGCGGUGGUGCCAGCUGGCGAAGGGGCAGCAGGAGACCAAGUUGCAUGCUGGGAUGCCCUACCAGCCACGGCCCCAGCAGCUGGUGGCGACGGCUCGCCGGGCGCGCCGCCCCCGGCCUCGCCGCCAAGUGGCGGGGAGCAAGGGGCUGGGGAGCCGCCGGAGCAGGCCCAGCCGGCAGUCCAGCACCGCUUGCUGUUCCCAGACGUGUCUGCCGCAGCUCUUGGUUGGGAUAUGGCAGGGCAGCUGCGCAUCGGGCCACCACCCACCCUCGAGGCUCUCCUGGCGGCGGCGGCUGCCCUGGCGCCUGCUUCUAAUCAGAACGACCACCAGCAGCAGCAGCAGGAGGCUGUCUCUACCCCGCCUCCCACACAGCAGCACCCCCUGUUGCCGCCGCAGCGGGCACCUGACGGCCUGCUGCUGCGCAGGCAGUGUCGAGUGCGGCGGGAAGCGGUGCAUGGCGGCGACCCACAGCAGCAGCAGCAGCAGCAGCAGGACGAGCAGCACCUGGUGCGGUUUGACGAUGCGGCAGCGCACCGCUGGGCUUUCCUUGCAGCAGCCGGGGCGCAGGAGCUGCCCCCUCCACCUGCCGAGCAGCAGCAAGCAGCGCUGGGCGGGGAGGCGGUGCAGCAGCAAGGGGCAGCUGGUGCUGUGGCCGCGCCAGCAGCUGCGGCGGCCAAGAAGCCUGCCAAAGUCAGCAAGCCUCGCAAGCGCAAGAUGGCAACUGCGUCAGGCCCAGCAGCAGCGGCAGCGGAAGCAGCAGCAGCCGGCACAGCGCCGGCUGGGGCCAAAGCAAAGAAGCGAAAGAAUGCCAAGGCGGCGGCAACUGAGGCAGCAGCGCCGGCAGCAGCACCCGAUGUGCUGCAGCAGGAGCAGCAGCAAGAGCCGCAGGAGGCUGCUGCUGUGGCGGCAGCGGAACUGCUCGUUGCUGAGCAGCGAGCUGCGCCGCCAGCCCAGCCCGUGGCAGCAGCUACACCCGCGGUGCCUGCUGCCGUGGAAGCAGCACCAGCGCCGCCACAAGCAGCUGCUCCUGAGGCAGCCAUGGCUGGCUGCCCUGACAGGGAUCUGGCGGCAGCGAUGGCAGCAGCUGGGUAUGACCUGGCUGAUAUUAUUGAUCUUGCUGCUGACUCAGAUGAUGACCUGGCACCAGCUUUGCAGCCAGCCGUGCAGGCAGUCGUGCAGCCUGCCAUGCAGCCGCUUCCUGCGGCUGUGCUGCCAUCACAACAGCAGUGGCAGCACCAGCAACAACAGGCUCCAGCGCAGCCGCAGCCGCAUCAGCUGCCGCGUUGGCAGUACCAGCAGCAGCACCCUGUGGCCGGGCCAGGGAAGGAGGCCUGGGAGCCAACCUACUCGCAACUUCCUCUGCUGCAGCGGCAGCGCCAGCUGGUGCAGCCUCAGCAGCCUCAACCGGCCCCAGCACCCCAGCAGCCGCAGCAGCCUCCAGAAGAGGAGCAGCAGCAGCGAAGUUACUCGCAGAUGCCGCUUGCACAGCGUGGGCAGCAGCUGGCGCAGCGUCAACGACUGCCUGCAACACAGCGGGCGCAGCAGCCGGCGCAGCAACCGGCGGCCCAGCAGCGGCAGCAGCUGCUGCAAAGCCCGCGGGAGCAGUCAGCCUUGCAUGAUUCUGAUAGCGACGUUCCAAAUUGGGACCUGCUGCCCAGCGGCCAGUGCAGUGAGCCCCCACCCCAGGAGGAGGAUGCAGAGGGCAAGGAGAAUGGGGGGAGCCAGCCUGCAGAGCCGCUGAGCCUCAGCCAGCUGCCGUUGGCGCAACGCCUGGCGCGGCGGCGGCAUUUCCCGCCUCGCCCGGUGGCAACAGGCGCAGAGGCGGCAUCCGGCUCAGGCGCAACGCUGCCACCUGUGCCACCGGUGCAGCAGCAGCAGAAGCAGCAGCAGCAGCCUCCACCGUCCCAGCAGAAGCGGCGCCCUCGCCAGCUGCCCUCCCAACUGGGCAGCGCGGAGCGGCGGCGGCGCCACCGGCAGGAGCAGGAGGAGGAGGAAGACGAGAUGGCGGGGCUUGCUGGCCCUGCCUCGCUGCCACAGGGCCAAGGAGAGGAGGAGGAAACGCUGGCAUCUCGGGCAAAGCGCCACAAGCAGCAGCAGCAGCAGCUGCAGCAGCCAGCCGAGAUCCCAAGCCCUAUGCAGCAGCCAUGGGCGGCGCAGCAGCUGGCGGCAGCACAGCUGGCGCAGUAUUCGCAGCAGGCAGCGCACCCUGCAGCUGCACAGCUGGAGCAGCCCGAGCAGCGAGCUCCUCAGCGCUUUGAGCAGCAGCGGCAGGCUGCAGGUGUGAGCACGGUUGGUGGGGCCGAGCAGGCAGAGGAGGAUGUGCCUCUGUCCUUGAGGCGCAAGCGCCUGAAGGCCAGCCAGCGCCAGGGGCAGCACACGGUGGCGGUGCUGUCUCCCGCCUUUGCGGCAGCAGAGGCCUAUGCAGCAGCGCAGCAGCAGCAGUCCUGGAACCAACAGCAGGAGGCGCAGCAUGGAAGCCAGCAGCACCAGAGCGGCCAGCAGCAGCUGAGCGACCAGCCCCAGCCGCAGCUGAGCGGGGACGAAGGGGAGGGCGGGGAUGAGGAUGGCCUGAGCGACUUCAUUGACGAAGCCAGCCAGCCUCCCAGCGGAGAGGGCAGCGGCAGGGUCUUCCAGCCUCCGCCCAUGGGCCUGCUGCGGGCCUCGCCCUCGCCCGUGGCUGCCUACGCGCGCAUGCUCGAGCGGCGGCGGCGGCAGGAUGCGCAGGUGCAAGACACUCCAGGCGCCGGCGGCACUCGCCUGGGCGGCGGCCAGCUGGGGCUGGUGGCCUCCCGGCAGGGGUGGCCACGUGGAGGCGGGGGGCAGGAGGGGGAGGAGGAUGACGAGUACGAUUUGGAGGACUCGUUUCUGGCCAGAGAGUCGGAGCUGGGCAGCGAGGCGUUGUCGCAUGAGCAUCAGUGUGCAGCGUGCGGCGGCGACCAAGGCGACCUGCUCUGCUGCGACGGCUGCCCCUCGGUCUACCACCCGCGCUGCUGCGGCCUGGGCGGGGUGCCGCCAGGGCGCUGGUUCUGCCCCGUGUGCUCUGACGGCCAGACCCCCGAUGGCGCCGCUGGGCAGCGCCACCGGCAGCGCUCCACAGCCAAGACCGGCGCUGGCGCUGGGAGCCCUGCAGACGGCGGCAGUGGCGGUGGCGGGCUGCAGCAGCGGCCGCCGCCACGCGGUGGCAGCCGCCUGGCCGGGCAGCAGCAGCAGCAGCAGCAGCAGGCGACGCCAGAGGCGGGGCUCUCUAGUGGAAGCUGGGGCGACGGGUGUGACGGGUGGUAA